AUGAGGUCCCUCUUCUCUCUGGCCACCUUUGUGGCUGCGGCGCAAGCUCUGUACUUCUUCAUCGACGGCGGCACCCCCAAGUGCUUCUACGAAGAGCUUCCCAAGGACACUCUGGUCGUGGGCCACUACUCUGCCUCGGAGUGGGACGACCGGGCGCAGCAGUGGCAGGAACACCAAGGCAUCACCAUCUACAUCACCGUCGAUGAAGUCUUCGACAACAACCACCGUGUCGUCUCCCAGCGAGGCACCUCCUCCGGCCGCUUCACCUUCUCCGCCGCCGACGCGGGUGACCACAAGAUCUGCUUCAUGCCCUCCUCCAGCAGCGGCCGCCCGGGCUGGCUCUCCAUGGCAAACUACAACGGCGGCAUCAAGCUGCGCCUCGACAUGGUCAUUGGCGAGACCAACCAGAUCGAGAGCGACGACAAGGAGAAGCUGCAGGACAUUACCACCCGCGUCAAGGACCUCAAUGCCAGGCUGAACGACAUUCGCAGGGAACAGGUUUUCCAAAGAGAACGAGAAGCCGAGUUCAGAGACCAGUCCGAAUCCACAAACGCCCGCGUCGUCCGCUGGAUCAUCAUCCAACUCGUCGUCCUCGGUGCUACCUGCGCAUGGCAACUCUCACAUCUACGCUCAUUCUUCAUCAAGCAAAAGCUUACUUGA